AUGAACACGGUGGCGUCACACACUGUGAACACGGUGGGAUCAUACACAGUGAACACGGUGGCGUCAUACACAGCGAACAAGGUGGCGUCAUACACAUUAAACACGGUUGCGACAUACACAGUGAACACUGUGGCCUAUUACUGUGAACAUUGUUGUAAUAUAUACGAUGGACUUGGCCGUUACGAAACUCGUAUGGAAGACGUGAUGCGUGGCCUUGAGAACAACAUCCACGGUGGUAUAUCUUUUGAAGGUGUGGAUGACUUGAGGCGUGUCCUUGGGAACAAUAUCCUUAGUGGUAUGUCUUUGAAAGGUAUGGAUGACGUGGUGCCUGUCCUUUGGAACAUCAUCCUUAGUGGUAUGGAUGACGUGUUGCUUGUCCUUGGGAACAACAUCCUUAUUGGUAUGUCUUUGGUAGGUAUGGAUGACGUGAUGCGUGUCCUUGAGAACGACAUUCUUAGUGGUAUGUCUUUGGUUCAUAGAAAGAAUUCCAGGCAGAUACUGGACCGUUUGGUGCUACUGGCGGGGGUUGCCUUGUAUCUCACAUAUCUUCCUCAGGCUGGAGCAUUUCCAAUAUGUUAUGGAAACAUAGAUGUAAUAUUUGUGAUGGAUGCAUCAUACAGUAUUCAGGAUGAAGACUUCAUGUUGAUCUGUGACCUGACGGCUAAGUUAUACGGCAAACUCCUCACCGAUGUCAGUGACAACCUUCGAGCUGGCUUCAUCAUGUAUGCGUCCUACGUGUACAAUGACAGUCUCAUUACCCUCAACAAUUAUUCAUCUGAGACUUUCAUACCAACGCUCAAGGAUUUAUCAAGAGAUAUGCGAAACAUCAAAACCCACACAGGUUUGGCGCUGCAGAAGGCUUGGGAGAUUAUUGAGGACCAGGGCAAUGCAAACUCUUUCACCUUCGUGGUUCUCAUAACUGAUGGCCAGCCUAAUGACCUUACUCUAGCGGUAGACAUGGCAACGAAGAUCAAGAAUUGGGGAGCAUUUGUCAUGGCAAUUGGAAUGAAGGUCACUGACCUUGUAAACUUCAAUUUUCUGAACCAGCUUGCCAGCUCCGGCAUGAUGUUUGAGCAAGAUGACAUCAAUAAUAUCAACGACGAGUUCCUCUAUGAUGUUUCAAAGGCAUUGUGUAAAGAGACGCAGUCUGAAAAGAUUAACCCAGUAAUUCCACAAGACAAUGUUGCCUUUGACCUGUACUUCCUGUUGGACGAGUCGGACAAUAUUCUGUCGCAGGACUUAGAAAUUGUUAAGCAGAUGAUGAUAAACAUACUGCAAACGUUUGUAAUAGGGCCCAACUCAGCACUGGUUGGUGUGGCCAAAUACGGGGUACAGACACUGUCUGGGGUCCACCGCAUAGAGGUGACGGAGUAUGGUACCUUCAACUCCCUCGAGACAGGCAUUGACUCCCUCUCAUAUAACACAUUCAACAGGAAUGGCAGAAACCUACUUUCGGCUCUCAACUGGCUUAACCAGACAAGUCUACAGCCGCGUUCCAGCCUGGGGCGACGUUCCGUAGUCGUGCUUCUGACCACAGGACGAGCAGACAACUCGGAUGAGGCUAUAUAUAAGGUACAGGCCCUGCAACAGCGAUACAAUGUCUUCUUCCUCAUCAUUGGUAUCGGUACUGACAGUGAUGUUUGGAAUGCUGAGCGUAACCAGAUGGCUUAUGACAUUGGUACGGUGUUUUGGGGGCAAAACUUCCUCACCCUGGGCGGCACAAACCAGCAGUCACUCGACUUCCUGGCUGACAUCAGGACUACCAUAUAUGACCUGGCAACGGGGACCUACAAGCCAAAGGGGCCAGGUGUGCCCCAGCGUUGGCUGGAGACAUUUGAUAUUGUAUUUCUGGUGGAUGGCUCCAGACGUAUGACAGCCAACCUGCACUUCGCCAUUACUAAGUUCUUCAUGAUUGAACUCAUUGAAGAGUUUGAGUUACUGCUAGAGAAUGCAGCUGGUGCAAGGGUUGCAGUGAUGAUAUUUGAUGAUGCAGGCUGGUACAACAUUAUCCCGUUCAAUGGCUACACCAGUCGCAGUGACCUCUACUCCAAGAUCAACACAUUACAGCUCAUCCAAAGAACUGACAAUGCUGAUAAUAAUGUUGGACUCGAGGCUAUGUACAAGUAUUUCACAACCAAUGUGCGGGAAGGAGCCAACAAGUUGGGCUAUCUGAUAACCCUGAGCAGCUCGACCAACAAGCUCCUGGCUGAAGCGGAGGCUAAGCGUGUGGCUAUGAACGGCAUACAACUCAUCGUCGUGGGUAUGGACGGAGCAGUCAACAGAACUGAGUUGGAGAGCCUUGAGCCAUUUGUGUCAAAUGGUGGUCCAGUCACCAUGACAACUGUUGGAUCCCUGGCGUCUACCCAGGUCUUGGACCAACAGAAAAACUACGUGCAAACAUAUGCUGCGUCCAAAAGACUUUCUGGCACAUAUUUCCCAUGGGAUGGGGCGUUUGACAUGAUCAUCCUGCUGCAUGACAAAGCCGGUUAUCAGAACGAGGGCUUGGGGGCCAAAUAUUUCCUCAUGGACCUCUUCCAAAGAUUUAUUGUGAGCCCGAAAGAUGUGAUGUUAGGGGUGAUUACCUUCGGAGCUGAAGUGAACACGGGAACCAACCAGCAGAUACAGCUGGGCAGCAGUCAAUACCUCAAUGACCUCAUCCUUAAAACACUCAACCUUAACCUCACACCCACAGCGGGCACCAAUGUUGAUGCAGCCAUGACAGCCCUAGGCACCAUGUUCCAGGACCAUGGGCGAGCAGAUGUGCCGCACCUCGCACUGCUGGUUAUGGAGGGUGAUGUUGAGCUCACUGGGCUACUUGACAUCAAGACAGCACUCAAGGAAAGAACCCCGCCAGUGUGUACAGCGAGUGUUGGGGUGGGGCCAAGCACGAGCCAGUCUAUCAUGAAGGCCCUCUCAUACAAUGACAGCCUUGCCUUCAUGAUGCCCAGCUGGGCAGACAUUGCCAUAUCGCCAACCAUGGACGCAAACCUAGUCGCUUUUUCAAGAGGAGUAUUUGCCUCUCAGAACAUUGGUGUUCUCAGAUUGCCAACCCAGUGCAGUGGGAAUGUAGGAAUCCUGUACUUGAUUGACUUGUCAGACAGUAUGCUCAACAUCAUUGACAAAACUAAGCUCUUCACAGCAAUUCUCAUGAGCGGGUUUGAAAUGCCCAAAGUCAAACAAGGAGUGAUAGGGUUUGGUACCAUGGUAACAUCAGAGAUAGGCCUCGGGGAAUAUAACUCGUACUUGGAGCUGUUUAUCAAUUUCAUGAGUCGUGUAGUGUAUGACUCAAACUCUUCAACCACUGGAACUUUUGCUGCUAUAAAUCGUGCCAGAAAUAUUUUUGCAAGUUUUACACAACUGGAUGAGAAGUACAUUGUUCUUAUUACAGAUGGAAAAUCUGACAACCCAGCCAAUACCCAAAAUGAAGCCAAUCUGGCUCGGCAAGCUGGUAUCACCAUUUUGGGUAUCGGUGUUGGUAGUGGCGUACAGAAGUCUGAUCUUACCAGCAUCACCGGGAACACCGACCUUGUGUACCAGUUUGAAGAGUCUGACCUGGAAAACGUCACUAGCCUGCAGGCACUCCAGAUUAAACUCUGCACAUUAAUCAGGCCAGGAGACUGCCUAGCAGGGAAUGCACGUGACCCUGAAAGCCUUACGUGCAGGGCCUGUGAGAUUGGCACACAUCAAGAGUUGUCAGAACAGCUACACUGCACUGAUUGUCCCAACGGCCAGACCACUGCCAACACAGGUUCUGUAGAUGAAACGUUUUGCACAGAUGAGUGUGCUGCAGGCUUCUUCGAAUCCAACAAUGUAUGUGAGCGGUGUGAUUUCAACACGUACAAGCCGGAGGGUGAAACCUCCUGUGUGGCCUGCCCAGCUGAAAGACCCAUAACAACUUUCCAGGGAGCGACAUCUGAGGAUGAUUGCAGACGCAAUGUGUGUGGAGUGGCCAUGGACCUUGUCCUGAUAGUGGACUGUACCGCCAGUAUAGGCGUAAACUUCCCGCUCCUCAAGAUAUUCUUGAUCAACCAGCUUCACAAGUUUAACAUAGGUCUUGGCACGGACCAGACACGUAUUUCACUGUUAUGUAUCGGAGAGGAGACAACACCUCAGGAUACCAAAACACUCACACAGUCUGUUGAUGCUGAAUUUAUCAGAAAUGCUAUCAUGGCUCUAAAGGGAGGAGCCAUUAAAACCAACACAGCUGAUGCUAUCCGUGUUGGCACAAAGAUAAUGGAAGAGGAGUCAACGGAUAAGGACAAGGCGAAGGUGAUGAUGGUGAUCACGGAUGGACGUUCCCUCAGCUACUUUCAGACCCAGUAUGAGUCACUCCUAGCUAAACAGAAAGGCUUCAUCAUGAUGGCGGUGGGAAUCGGCUCUAACAGCCAUGAGUCUGAGCUGGCUGCCAUUGCCUCAGAAGCGAGUUAUGUUAUCAUUGAAUCCGAUUAUAUCCGCCUUACUUCACUGGAUUUGUCUGGUGAUAUCUGUGCAGCUGCAACUGAAUGGACACCGCUAGACGAUAUUACCAUAACACCGUGUGACGUUGCCAUGGACCUGAUGUUUGUUGUGGAUCUUUCUGUCAGCACAAAUAUCUUCCCCCAAGUUAAACUUUUACUUUGGAAAUUUCUUGAUGAGAUUGGCGUCUCGAAUGACAAGGUCAAAAUGGGGAUCCUCUCUUUUGGAGCUGAGAUCUAUGAGGAUGGCCUACAGGGGCUCACUGGAAAUGAUGGCACCAUCAGGAAUGCCAUGUGGGCUCAGUAUAUGCAAACUAAGGCUGGGACAGUAACUGGCCAAGCCCUCGUCCGGGCUAGUACUUUACUGCAGGCAGAUAGUCGGGAGGCGAUUGAUGCGGUCAUGGUGAUAACUGAUGGAGCAUCAACCAACCACACCGACACUGUCCUAAGGUCUCAAGAGGUAGGAAUAUGA